AUGGAUUAACUUGUAACACAAACAGGAAGCGGCUAGGUCUGCCAGGGCCAUUUCAAGUCAGCCAUUGCUGUGUGUCGUGGCUGUGUUAGUAAUACGCUAAAGCAGAGAAGCGCACGUUUACUACGGUUACUCGAAUUAAAAGAAGGAAUUUUCAAUUUCUGUCUGUAACAAUCAGCUGGGCAUCAACAUAAUAGAUACAAGGAUUAACCCGAUCUGGAUAUGUCCUUCAUAUUUGAUUGGAUUUAUAGUGGUUUUAGUAGUGUACUGCAGUUUCUAGGACUGUACAAAAAAUCAGGUAAACUGGUAUUUCUUGGUUUGGACAAUGCUGGCAAGACCACACUACUGCAUAUGCUUAAAGAUGAUCGUCUGGGGCAACAUGUGCCCACCUUACACCCAACUUCUGAAGAGCUGACGAUUGCUGGUAUGACCUUUACCACCUUUGACCUUGGUGGCCAUGCACAGGCAAGAAGAGUGUGGAAAAACUACCUCCCCGCCAUCAAUGGCAUUGUCUUUCUUGUUGAUUGUGUAGACCAUCCAAGACUGGCUGAAUCCAAAACAGAACUUGACGCACUAAUGACCGAUGAAACCAUUGGAAAUGUGCCUGUUUUGAUUCUUGGUAACAAGAUUGAUAAACCUGAGGCCAUAAGUGAGGAGAAACUUCGUGAAAUGUUUGGAUUGUAUGGACAGACAACUGGCAAGGGUAUUAUUCCCCUGAAAGAACUAAAUACCAGACCACUGGAAGUGUUCAUGUGCAGCGUGCUCAAGAGAGAGGGAUAUGGGGAGGGCUUCCGCUGGCUUUCACAAUAUAUUGACUAGAGAUAUUACUGUAAGGAGGUGAACCAGGGACUGCGUAACCUAAUUCAAACUCUUCAUAUUCAGUUCUUGUACAGCCUGUCAUCACUCUGCAAAAGAAUAGCAGCAGUAGACACAGUACAACUUGAUUUAAAUAAACCUUUUUAAUGGGUAGACAUUUAAUUAAACCAUUUUAUUCUUAAAGCUUUUCUAAGGCAAUGAAAAAUCAGUGCCUUGAUUUUCAAGCCAAAUAGAUGCCUGUUUAUAUCUUUCACUAUGUAUAUGUGAAAUCUGUAUGUGGAGGCUUAAAAGCAAAUAAUUAUAGUGGUAAUCACAGCCCCCAUAUAAUUAAGAAUGUGUUUGAGAUGUUUGAAUAUGUUUGCAGCUCAUGGUUUUUAACAGAAUACAAGGUUGGUAUUUUUGAGAAAAUCAUUCAUUUCGAUAUUUUGUGGUUUUGAGUCAUUGGUGUGGGAUUAAAAGAUAAAUGAGACAACACAUUAGAAUUACAGCCUUAAAUUCUUGAUAUUUGCAUCUAGGUGUGUUAUUUUUACAUGGUGUUUCUUGUUUGCAUUUGUUUGUUUUUUAUUAUUUUUAAAUGUUUAGGUUCAAACAAAAAGUAAAAUUUUAAAGUUGUUUUAUACAUAUAGAUGUUACGAUCACUGAAUGAAUGCUGAAAUUCUGAAUCAUUGCCCUAAUAAUCUUUUGAUAACCCAAAACGUCUCAAAUGUUAGUCAAAACAUGCAAAAAGAAUAAAUUGGCAGUUGCCUAUA